AUGGAAGAUCUUACAAAAACUUGGAGUAAGCUUAAACUGUCAGAUUGUGAGGGCUCCAAUGUUAGAUUAUUAGAAGAACAUGCUGAAACAGAGUGGGUACUGGCAGCCAAGUUUCCAACCAGGCGAGUACUCAACCUAAAUGCUAUUGCAAAAACUUUCUCCCCCCAGUGGAGAGCUUCAAAAGGGUUCCAAGUUAGGAAGGAGGAGGACCACAUUGUCCUCUUUACUUUCAAGGAUCAACCCGAUAUGAUGAGAGUCCUAGCUGGGGAACCUUGGAGUUUUGAUAAAUAUUUGGUGGUAAUGCAAAAGUUUGAUGGCUCAAAGGACGUGAGAGACAUGGGGUUUGAACUUGCCACCUUCUGGAUUCAAGUCCAUGAUCUCCCACUCAGGUUUAGGAAUAGGAUGGUGGCUGAAAAACUCUGCGAAGCCUUGGGAACAGUAAAACGUGAAGAAGAGGAAACGGCCAUGGUAGGUGACAGAUUUGUGAGGGUAAGGGUUACUCUAAACAUCUCCAAACCUCUUUGCAGGGGAAGAGUGAUUACUCUAGAGGAUGGCAAGGAUUUAUGGAUUCCGUUCAAGUACGAACGACUCCCUAACCUCUGCUAUAGAUGUGGGUGUCUUUCGCAUGAUGAACGAAGUUGUGAGUUAUGGUCUGCUAGUGAAGGAAACCAGGGAGAGGAAAGCCCUCAGUUUGGACCUUGGUUAAAAGCGUCCCCAUUUUUGCCCUCAAAAAGUAAGUUGGUUACAGUUCCGGGCUUUAAGGAGUUGAGUAAGAAAGCCAAUCCACUUCCAAAUCCGGUGUAG